UAGCUCAUCCGAAAUUCACUUGCGCGCCUAAUCUUAUUUCAUGCUCGCAAUCGCCUCCUCUAUCCAGAACACCCCAUGGUGUUUAGAUGGUGGUUUUGAGAAUGACUUCGUUAGUUAAAUGGAUAUUGAUACUCCUUGGCCUGAUCUCAGUAAUAGCGAAUAUUGUCAUUGUAUGUCUUUACUCAGGUAGGCUGCCCAAAUGCUCCUCGAAGCCGCAUCAUGUUUUCAAGGGCAAACACAAUGAACGCAGCGCGGUGUUUGCUGACCUGUCCGCCGAGGAAUAUCUCCAAGUCCGCGACUAUAUGAGUAAUCAGAAAGACUUGGAUAUUUCUGUCAAUSCGCUUACAAAGCCUUCAGGGAAUUUUCUCUUCUUAAUUGAUGUUUUGUUGCCAAGGAAAGCAGAUGCGCUUGGCUACCUAGAUAACAAUAAGCCCAAGCCGGUGAGAGAGGCGACUGCGGUGGUUUUCUAUGGCACCCUUGGGCACAUUAAAGAAUAUGUGGUGGGACCUCUCCCCAACCCGACUUAUCACCGCGAUGUCACCGUUGAGAGRUAUAAAGAAGAGUUGCCCAUCAAUGCGCGUACGGUCACCAUUGGUGAAUAUGCACUUAUUUUCAAGUUUAUUAAUGAAGAGGUAUUUACAAAACUUGGUAAAAUUGUGAAAGAAAGUUUUGAUGUCAGUAAAGAGAAAACCCUGAAUUGUUUCGAAGGCAUGCCUCGGGGUGUCAAAUCAGGAGAGAGACAGACAUGGAUAUCUUUCUUUCGUGAUUUGAGUGGGAUGUACAUCCACCCUGUAGGUUUGGAAGUUUUAAUCAACCACGAAAGCACCAACGCGUCUCUUUGGAGUGUGAAGAGAUUACUUUAUAACGGACAGUACUUUGACAGUGUGGAGGAUCUUAUAAAACAAUAUGAUGAUGGAAAAGUGACUAAAAUUGUGUAUAAACCUGUCCAGAACUAUGCAUCACUCAAACCUAAAAUUAAACCCACCGGUUUAAGCCCUCAGCAGUUUUACGCGCAAGGUAAACGCUUCAGUGUCAAGAAUAAUCAUGUUAUGUAUCUCGAAUGGAGUUUUGCGUUUGGUCUGAGUUCCCUCACCGGUAUGAGAGUUUUUGACGUUCGUUUCAAGGGGGAAAGGAUAGCUUAUGAGGUUAGUGUUCAAGAGGCAAUGUCAGUGUAUGGUUCCAUCACACCCGGCAUGAUUCUGACUAAGUUUUUGGACUCUAGUAUCGGAAUAGGGCGCUUUGCGCACGAGCUCGUUCGAGGCGUGGAUUGUCCGUACGCUGCAACCUACAUCGACACUUUCCGAUACAUUGACGUCAGUGCACCUCAUAGAUUCAGGAAUUCAAUUUGCCUUUUUGAGCACAAUACAGGCCGUCCUCUCAGAAGACACUUCUCGGACUUUUUCAGCAAUAGUUAUGGAGGCAUGGUUAACAGUGCCUUAGUUUUUAGGACCAUUACGGCCAUAGGUAACUAUGACUACUUGUGGGACUUCAUUUUUUACCAGAGCGGCUCUGUUGAGACCAAAGUGCAUGCCACUGGAUACAUAUCGUCAUCUUUCAAUGUUGAUGGCAAUCUCAAAUACGGACACCAGGUGGCAGAAAAUACUAUUGGGAACAUCCACACUCAUUUCAUCAACUUCAAAGUUGACCUGGACGUGUUGGGGGUUGAGAAUGUAUUCCAGACCAAGGACAUGAAGUUUAUGAAUGUGUCUUUACCCUGGAUGCCGGAGCGCUAUGCCAUGGUUCCUCAGCUGGUGGAGGCCCAGCUAAAGACUGAGAAGGAGGCUGCUCUCCGCUACGACACCAAGACGCCACGCUACCUUCACAUCGCAAGCAACCGCACCAACCGCUGGGGCCACCAACGCUCCUACCGCCUCCAGGUGGUCAGCUUCACCGGUGACAGCCUUCCAGAGACGGAGCCAGAGGAGAAGUCCAUGUCUUGGGCUAGGUAUAAAGUGGCCAUCACUAAGCACAAAGACUCAGAACAGACCAGCAGUAGCCUGUACAGUCAGAACAACAUGUGGACACCAGCAGUGGACUUCAGCAAGUACAUUGAGGAUGAUGAGAGCAUUGAGAACCAGGACCUGGUUGCCUGGGUAACCACCGGCUUCCUCCACAUUCCUCACGCUGAGGACAUCCCCAACACAGUUACCGUUGGAAAUGGAGGCGGAGUGAUCCUGAGACCACAUAACUACUUUGACGAGGACCCGUCUAUUCACUCUCCAGACGGGGUGUACAUCAGUCCAGGGUCAGAGGGAAACUGUGAAAAUAACAAGAUGGCCUGCUUGGCUGAAGACGCAUGCAGCCCAGUCAUUGAACCCUUCACCUACAGUGGGUUUGAAGGGACCAUAAAGUUUGAAGAGUGAAAAAAAAAGUCCCCAGUCCCAAUCCUGAGUGUGCUCUGCGCUAAACACUUAAACACCUGUGAAAAUGU